AUGACACUCACAGCUGCGGUCCUCCCAAAAGUUGCACAAUGGCUUGCCGCUGCACACGAGUGUGUGACACAACCCAGUCCUAUCCAUCUACUAGUUGUCGCUCUUCUAAUCGUCACGGCUACCGCCUACCUUGCACUCCGUCCUAAAACCGUAUACCUUGUUGACUACGCUUGCUUCCGGCCAAGAUCCAACUUCAGAUACACAAAGGCAACCUUCUUCGAGCAUGCACACCUCUCACCUUUCCUUGAUGAUUCUACCACCAACUUCAUAGCUGCUAUUCUUGACCGCUCAAACAUGAGCGAUCAAACGUACGUGCCACCUGCGUUUGGCUAUAUUGAGCCAUACUGUGGGCUUGAUGAAGCACGCGCCGAAGCAGAGUUGAUUGUCUUCCCAGUGAUCGAUGACCUUUUAACCAAGAAACGCAUCAACAACAAUGCGAUUGGUGUUCUUAUCACCAACUGUAGUUUAUUUUGCCCGGUACCAUCCAUCAGCGACAUGAUUGUGAACCGUUACAAGUUGCGAGAUGAUCUCCGCAUCGUCAAUCUCUCUGGGAUGGCAUGCUCUGCAUCAUUGACCGCCGUGGGGCUCGCGAGCAACAUGCUACAGGUCAUGCCUUGGGGUUCACACGUGUUGGUGGUGUCGACGGAGAUCAUAGGGCCAUCCUACUAUGCAGGAGAUAAUCGUUCCAUGUUGUUGGGUAACAUCUUGUUUCGUAUGAGCGGUGCUGCCAAGCUUUUGUCUACUUCUAGAUCCAAGGCUAGGUUUCGGCUUCAGUAUCUUACACGAACGAUCACAGCAGCAAAUAAUGAUGCCUAUCGGUGUGUGUAUCAGGAGGAAGAUGAGAAAGGAAACCUUGGGAUCGCUCUCUCUAGAGAGCUCAUGAAUGUCGCUGAAGACGCACUCAAGGCCAAUAUCAUGGCAACUGGGCCUCUUGUCUUACCGGCGUCAGAGCUUCUCAAGUUUUUGUUUUUCUACGUGACAAAAAAGAUGCUCUUCUGGUGGAAGGUUGGACCAUACAUCCCCAACUUUUCUCUUGCAUUUGAGCAUUUCUGCAUCCACGCUGGUGGACCAGCGGUUAUCACCUCAGUACAACAUGGACUCAAUCUAUCAAACAAGCAUGUUGAACAAUCGCGGAUGACGUUUCAUCAAUUUGGAAACCAAAUGAGCGCAUCCGUGUGGUACGAGUUGGCAUACAUAGAGGCUAAAGGCCAGAUGAAGAAAGGCAACAAGGUGUGGAUGAUCGGAUUUGGUGCAGGAUACGAGUGCAACACAGCUGGGUGGGUGUGUAUACAACCAUCUUCUGAUGUGGAUGGACCCUGGGCUAACUACAUGGAUCAUCACUCAACGAUGUCUCCAACAAAUGCUAAAUAA